GGACAGGAUUGAUAACGCGCCGGUUCUCUUAUAACUUUGAUUUCGCGUGCUCGUUAGAUAUUUUCCGCAGAUAGCAGAUCUAGCAGAGACUGCGCACUGAAAGUUGUGCGUCUGGAUUAUGAGGAAUUAGCAAAUAUUUUGACAGUUGCUCUGCUUAAGCGGUAGAAGGAAUAAAAAUCAUAAGCGUUUUAAUAAAUAUACAGUCUCCAGGGCUGGAAAGACUUUUGGAUACGGGGAUCUGAGGCUGUUUAGACACUGAAGCAUCUCCGAAAUCGCCAGAUCUUCCAUCCGCUGCGAAGGAGGUGGAGGAUUUUUUUUUUUUUUUUUUGGAUUUGAGCCUCUUGAAGAGAAGCAAGGCUUAUUUAAGAAGAAGAAGGAUCAUGGUGGCAGUCGGAUUCAGAGAGCUGCGCGCCGGCCACGGCUGAGGGCACACGAGGAGGAGCGUUCAGGAGUCUUCUCCGCUGGGGUUAAAGUGUGCAGCGUGCACUACUUCCUGCCGCAGGUAGAGCUGUCACAGUGUGGUGUGGAGCUCGAGCUGUGUUAAAGGUUUGCCGUGUCCUUGCUGAGAGCUGCGAGAGCUGGAUAUCGCAAUCUUUCUCACGCAAUCUCCAUCCCGCCACCGCCAUGGAGAAGUGCUGCUCGGAGUGUUCAGAGCCCAGGAUGGCACAGAGCUUGUGCACCUUCUGCAACAAGUGGCUUUGUUUUCAGUGCACCGACCUGCAUCAGCACGAGAGAAGCUCCAGCCAACCUUCUGACCUGCAGCACCAGCCUCGAGACCCUCCUUCCCCAUCCGAAAUAGGAGCCGCUUGCUGUGGGCAUGCAGUUGUCAUGUGUCCUCUCCAUAAACAGGAGCCUCUGGAGCUCUUGUGUGAAACGUGUGACCUCAUGGCCUGCAGCAUCUGUCAUCUGUCCGCCCACAAAGACCACCGAAUGGUGCAUGUUGGGAAGGCUCUGCAAGACCAGCGCUGGCUCCUGCAGAACCUCAUGGCCCGAGUGGAGGAGAAGAGAUCUGCUGUGGAGAGCACUGCCAAACAGAUCCAGGGCAGGCUCCACGGUAUAAAGAUCACGCAGAGGAAGGCGGAGAACCAGAUAAAAAUGGCAAAGAUGAUUAUGAUGAACGAGCUUAACAAACGGGCCAACCUAUUAAUAGAACAACUGGAGAGCAUCUCCAGUGAUUUCAAGCAACGUCUGGAGGACCAGCUGCAGGGGGCCAUCGAGCUGUGCAGCCAGCUGGAGCAUGUGCAGAACUUCAUUACCUGGGCUACAGCCCACCACAGACGCAAUCCUCUGCUAUUCAGCAAAGAGCUGAUUGCUCUUCAGAUGCAGCAAUUACUGGAGCCGCUGAUGCUCUCUGAAGCUUGGAGUCCAUUGAAAAUCAAGUUUAACUGGGAUGCCAGCUUCUGGACCAAGCAGAUGUCUACUUUAGGUCAGCUGGUUGUUGAAGGUGGAAGUCGUCCAUACUCAGACGUUGUUGGUCACUCCAGUAUCCUGCGACCCCAGCCUGUUCCGUGCAUAGCGAUGCCUCCUUUGUGCCAUGCGGUGCGGGAGCCUGGCUGUGCCUACCAGACCUUCUGUCAGCCCUCGCUCUGCUGCCUGCACUGCAGGCCUGCUCAAACCGUCCCAUUGGAGAAAUUCCCUGGCCAGUGUGCUCAGGCCACCAGACGGAGCUCCCCGCCAUCACUGCACAGCUGCUGGGAUGCAGAAACAUCCGUCCCUGUACAUCCACCUGGAGCUCAGCCCAUGCAUCAGCUCACCUCUCACCCUGGAUCUGACCUCGUCCAGCAUGGAAGCAGCUCUACUCAACCCCGGCAGCCUGUUAGAUCCAACAUCGAGUCGCUCCCUGCUGAUUCAGUUCAGACUGUCAUGGAUGGGAAAAGUUCUACAGUAGGUCAGAAAGCCAGCAGAAGAGGGCAAACAUCUGCACCCGAGGCAUCUACAGGGCCAGAGGCUUCAGCAGAUGCAGAGCUGCCACAGAUCCACAAACAGGCUCAAGUGCAGACCACCGCAGAAACCAGCUGUCAGCCUAUGGUUGAACUGCAGCCCAUAGCUGCUUGCAUUGGUGAUGAUGAUGAUGACAGGAGAUCCUCAGAGCUGGAGAUGUUCGCGCUGGUUCAGGGCCAAGGAGGCGAUGGUCGGAGUUGUCCAGGUUUGAAGAGGGCGAGCAGGUCUCAAAGCAGUGCGGAUACACACAGAGGACCUCGUAAAAGGCUCUGUAAAGACAGGUCAAUCAAGGAUGCUCACGGCCUGGCAACAGCGGCUGGGGACCAGGGAUGUACAACGCAGCAGCAGGUCUGUGCACAGCUCGAUGCUUCAGAGAUGUUCCCAGGACCAAUAAGCAGUCAUCUUGCGUCUUCUCUGACCACCUACAAAUCCGAACCAGAAAAUGUGUAUGCAUAUGCCUAUGAAAACAGAAGGCUGAAGACCAGAAAGAAGAGCAGAAAUUCUAGAGAGGAUCCACACACCAGUGACAAAGAAGCCUCGGAUGGUUCCAAAGUUCCAGUUGUGUGUCUUCAGCGACUCAAGAUCCUUGUAUCACGACAUCCACCACAGAACCAUCAGAGCACAGAUCCAUCUUCUCAAUCUGGCCUCAAACCUGAAGAAACUUUUUUGAAGGUGCUAGAAAGAGAGAACGCUUCUCAGGAAACUUUGGAUAAGGAGUCAGUUCAGGCAGAGGACAAUGUGUCGCCCACAGAAACGCAGCUAUCACCGCAACAUCUGCAUAGCUGUGAAUCAUCUGGCUCCCUUGAGGACUCUCAGCCUCCUGUGCAAGAAUUUUGCAAUAUAAACCAAGAGUCUGAUGCGCUAUCUGUUUCCAAAGAUCUUCCAAAGAUCUGUUUCAAAGAUCAGGUCUUACAACCUGACGCUGAGGAGAUACACUCGGAUGACUCCCCAUCUGAACUCAUAUCAGCGACAGGCUCUGAUUUCCAAACAGAAUCUACAAGAGAAGCAGAUGUGGAAUCAGAGCUCCCUCAGGAAUCCGAACAGCAAGUCGAAUCUGAAUUGGAUGUGCUUUCAGAACAGCUUCCAGAAUCAGUGCUCUCCGAACAGGAGAUGGAAUCAGAUCCAGAUUCCACAGCUAAUGUGACUCUGAAUCUUGAACCAGAGUGUGAAUGGGAAACGGAGCAGCCGGUUUCCCCACAAUCUUCUGGGUUUGAGAAUGUACCAGAACCUGUUGUUGAACAUCAGCCUGCAGAGGAAAGUCUGGAGAUCGAGAAUGAGGAUUUCUGUGCAGUCUGUCUCAUUGGAGGAGAUCUUCUUUGUUGCGACCGUUGCCCGAAGGUCUUCCACCUGUCAUGUCAUGUCCCACCGCUUCAUAGUUUCCCUGUAGGUGACUGGAUUUGCACCCUGUGCCGGGAUGUGGAGCAGCCAGAGGUGGAAUAUGACUGUGAGAAUGUCCAGAUGUCCACAGGCACGAUGCCAUAUAGGCUGCCGGCGUGUGACCAGAGGAAAUGCGAGAAGUUGACAUUGCUGAUCCUCAGCAACAUCCUCAGCGCUCCGUUCCAUGAGCCUGUCAGCCCUCUGGCCCGUCAUUAUUAUCAGAUCAUCAAGAAGCCAAUGGAUUUGUCUGUCAUUCGAAACAGGCUUGGCAGCAACAGCCACACACACUAUUGUUCCCCACAAGAGUUUGUGGCUGACGUCCUGCUCAUGUUCAAAAACUGUGCCAAGUUUAACUACCCGGACUCAGAAGUGGCUCAGGCCGGCCACAGUCUACAGUCCUUCUUUAUCUCUAAACUGAGGGAGGUGUUUCCAGACCUGAGCUGUCCUGUCCAGGAGGAGGAGGAGGAAGAUUCGGACACUGAGGAUUACGAGGAGCUGGAGAGAGCCAUGAUGACUGGUUUCCCAUGGCCAGAAAGAAAAGAGCAGAGCCACAGAAAGAGGAAGAGGAGACUUUCUCUGAACAGGAGGAGAAAUCACUUUUAGCUGUGCCUCUACACACACACACACACACACACAUAUAUAUAUAACAUGUACAGAGACAUUAUAGAAUCACUCCAUCUUUUUAAAAAUAAGAUUCAUGUUAAAAUACAGUAAAUGCUUUUUUUUUUCAUUGUUCUAAGGACAGAUCUUAGUCAUUAUAACCAGUUUAUGUGUUAUGCUGUUAUCUGUAGCUGUGAGAAGGUGUUAUAAGCCUAUAUCUCCAAACUUUGCCUAAAAUCUUGCACUAGUAUUUAUUCCAAUGCUUACUAAAUUGUACAAUCAAUUUGAUAGCCAACUGGUUGCUGGCAACUGCUUUUUAGUAAAUAGCGAUAAGCAGCAUUAAUUGAUAAUGUUAUAUAAUUGUACUAAAUCCCAUUCUUUUUAAUCCAAAAAUCCCUUGUAAUAAGGUACUUUUCCCUCUUGUUUACUGUGAUGAUUUUAUUGACCUGUAGAGGGAGCACUUCAUAUACAGUAGCAACAUAUUAGUUCAUAUUGGACUUUUUUUGGCGGCAGGAGGAGGUUUGUAACGUGACUGAAUCCCGACGACCCCUUUCUAGUAUAAAAGAGGGAUGAUAUUAAGAUGUUGCUGCAUUACUGUGAUGUUUAAAAUGAUCUUUCAAAUGUUUAUUGACUAACGAGACAGAAUUAUCUAUAAUCUUUUCCCAGGCGAGUGGAACAUUUUUUAGUCCAGCUUGUUCCUCUGUGGGUCACAUACAGGUUUGAUAUUCGUGUCUUCUAAUUUUGUAAUAACGCUUUUAAUUGCUGUGCAGAUCAUGUUAGGUCCUCUUUUAAUGCUGUUUACUAUAUUUAGCUGGAUUGUAUUUAGU